AUGGUUUACACAACAAAGUUACAUCAUGGCAAAAGGAGACGCGGAGAGAGAGACUAUCAAACCUUUAUAGAGGAGAAAGACGACAACAUCAUCUUCAAGAACGAGAUCACAUCUGCUAACCCGCUUGAUGUAAUUACCAGGCAGCACGGCGUUGAGAUUGUCUUCUUCUGCUGCUAUCCAAAGCAAACCAACUUGACCCUGGGAUUCACGCACAAAAACCCGUACGCCUUCCAAGAUAAGGGAUUCGGUGCAUUCACAUUCGAGUUUGAAUUUUUUGAAACCCAGCGUUUCGAAAAACAAGUUGACUCCAACGUUUACCCAGUGGAGGUAUACCUCAAACAGAUGAUGUUCAUGCAGAUCGAAGCGACAACCUCCAUCCCCAACACUGAGCUGUUUGUGGAGACCUGCAAGGCGUCUCCAUAUGACAACGCCAACUCUCAAAUCAGCUACACCAUCAUCGAAAACGGGUGCAUGAGGGACGACACGGUUACAAUCUACCCUGGCCCCAAGACUCACUUCAGAUUUGGAAUGGAGGCUUUUGAGUUCAUCGGUGCUCAUGAAUCGGUGUACAUCACUUGCACCGUCAUCCUGUGUCAGACUGGCGUUCCAGGGACCAGGUGCUCUCAGGGAUGUAUCCAAUCCAACUCAGGCAGAAAAAGAAGGGAAACUGGGGCCGAGUCCUCCAGCCACUCCAUUUCCCAGGGACCUUUGCGCCUGGCAAACAUUUCAGACAGCAAAUUAUCUGGUCCGAGCAUGAGUCUUGGCAUGAACAUCCUCCUUGUUGCCGGCUGCUUCCUGGUAUGCGGAGCAGUAAUCUAUCGUUCAAGGAGGUCCAGAGCUAAAUACAUGCCCCUGCCAUCCUUUGAGUCAGACUAAACACAGAAAUGCCCUUUUGAACUUCUCUGAUUAUAAGAAAGAUUAUCAGAGACUGUGUAAUGUUUACUAUAGUCAAUGUGUUUAGGGUAUUGGUGGUUUGAAUCUCACUGUCUAAAAGUGUGUCUUUGCUUUUACAUGGGUGAAAGACUAAUUCAUUAUUCAGUUUUUCGUGGGCAGUUUUUCACACCCCAGUGGACAGUCAGAAAAUGUAUGAAAGAAAGGAGGCAUAGUUUUUAUAUGAAGGAGUCCACAAAUUAAUCUCUGUGGACAUGAAGUAUCUGCAGUUCAAUCAAAGUUAUAAACUUUUCUUCAAUUACUUUAAAUCCAGGACAUGGGACACCAAUGUGACAUAUUGUCAAGGUUAAUAGGGGGACAAAGUAAAGCAACAAGAAGGUAACAAUGAUUAAAAAAAAGAGAAGGUAAUGAACAAAAUGCUUUAUAUACCUUCCAAUAAGAGAAACACAUCAUCCAAAUAAAUAAAUGAGCAAAUGCAUGAUAAUAAUGGUUAUAAGAAAAACAAAAUAAAAAUACUUUGAAAAAGAAA